ACUAGCAUUAACAGCAUGCUGAGUGUAUAUAGUGAAACUGGUGACUAUGGCAACGUGAAGGUCAGCGGCGAAAUCCUUCUCAACAUCAACUAUAGCUACAAAACAGGUGGCCUCAACAUCCUGGUAAAAAGUUGCAGAAACCUGGCUGUUGCAGAUGAGAAGAAGCAAAGGACUGAUCCAUAUGUCAAAGCAUACCUUCUGCCUGAUACGUCCCGCCAAAGUAAACGCAAGACCAAAAUUAAAAGUAACAGCACCAAUCCAGAGUUUAAUGAAACGCUGAAGUAUGUCAUCAGCCACACACAGCUAGAAACCAGGACCCUGCAGCUUUCUGUCUGGCACUAUGACAGAUUUGGACACAACAGCUUCCUUGGGGAGGUGGAAAUUCCAUUUGAUUCCUGGAACUUCGAAAAUCAGGGCGAUGAGUGGUUUGUGCUGCAGCCCAAGGUGGAGGUUGUGACAGAUGUUGGGCUUCAAUAUAAAGGAGAACUGAGAGUUGUUUUACGUUACAUUCCCCCAGACAGAAACCUAAUGCUUCCUCUAGGGCAGUUUCAAGGAAAGAAGAGCUUUAAAAAAGGAAAAAAGGGAGACUCUCACAUGCCGUCUGGAGGUAUAUUAGAAGUCCUCAUCAAAGAAGCAAAGAAUUUAACGGCAGUGAAAUCAGGAGGCACAUCUGACACUUUCGUGAAAGGAUACCUUCUCCCAGAUGACAGCAAAGCUACAAAACACAAAACUCCCAUAAUAAAAAAGAGUGUGAACCCCCAGUGGAAUCAUACCUUUGCUUUCAGUGGCUUGAAUUCAAGGGAUAUACGUAACGUCUGCCUAGAACUGACUGUGUGGGACAAGGAGUCGCUCUCCAGUAAUAUUUUUCUGGGAGGUGUCCGUUUGAGCACUGGAAAUGGUGUAAGUAAUGGCAAGGAGGUUGACUGGAUGGACUCUCAAGGGGAAGAGCAGCACCUCUGGCAGAAGAUGAUUGACAAUCCUGGAGCUCCUGUGGAGGGGAUAUUAAUGCUGCGAUCCAGCAUGGGAAAACGCAGACUCUGA